AUGAACACCUAUGAUCCAUUUAUUACACAAACAUGUGAUUGUAUGACUGAGUUUCAUAUAAAGGGUUGCAACAAUCAUUGUUUCUUGAGGGGAAAGAAAACAGCAGUGAAGAAAAGCUUUCAACUUUGAAACAACAACACAGGAUGCAUCCUUUCUUCCUGCUCUGUAUCGCGGUGACGGGCUCCAUUGCCUGGGCUCACCCUCAUCUCUCUCCUAUCUCCUCAGAACUGGUCAGCUUUAUUAACAAAGCCAACACCACAUGGACGGCCGGACACAACUUCCAUAAAGUUGACAUCAGCUAUGUGAGAGGGCUUUGUGGGACCAUCCUGAAUGGACCCAAGCUGCCAGAGAGGGUUCAUAAUAUCAAAGGCAUAAACAUCCCCGACAGCUUUGACUCACGCCAGCAGUGGCCCAAUUGUCCCACCAUCCAACAGAUCAGAGACCAGGGCUCAUGUGGAUCUUGCUGGGCUUUUGGGGCAGCGGAAGCAAUAUCUGACCGGCUGUGUAUCCAAAGUGGUGGUCAUGUCUCUGUGGAGAUCUCUGCUGAAGAUCUACUCACCUGCUGUGAUGAUUGUGGAAUGGGCUGCUUCGGUGGUUACACCUCAGCUGCUUGGGAGUUCUGGACAAAGGCUGGUCUUGUGACAGGAGGCCUAUAUAACUCCAACAUUGGUUGCAGACCCUACACUAUUGCCUCCUGUGAACAUCACAUAAAUGGAACUCGUCCUCCGUGCCAGGGCGAAACAGAGACCCCUAAAUGUGUGCAGCAAUGCACCGAUGGAUAUUCUCUGUCAUACCCGAAGGACAAACACUUUGGCCGGCACUCUUACAGCAUCCCAUCACAGCAGGAGCAGAUCAUGACAGAGCUGUAUAAGAACGGGCCCGUGGAGGCAUCUUUUAGUGUCUAUGAGGAUUUUCUGCAGUAUAAAUCUGGCGUGUAUCAACAUGUGACUGGCGAAAUGCUUGGGGGUCACGCCAUAAAGCUCCUAGGCUGGGGGGAGGAGAAUGGCACCCCCUACUGGCUGGCUGCAAACUCCUGGAACAAUGACUGGGGAGAUAAAGGUUUCUUCAAAAUCAGACGUGGAAAUGAUGAAUGUGGAAUUGAGUCUGAGGUGGUCGCAGGAAUCCCCCUCAACUAGAUCAUUUAAAAAAUGUGUUGGAGCUUCUUUGUAAAAUUCAAGACCGGAAGCCACAUGAUAUGUAAACUAAUGUCAAGAUUUUAUAACAACAACAUGAUAACAGUUCAUUUACAGAAGCCUUUUUUAUAAUAGAGCCUGGAGCAGGAAUCUGAAUUUAUUUUGGAAAGUGUUUCCACUCAAUUUUACUUGAAGCAUUUAAAGCCACAAAUGUGAGUUAGAACCUGAUUUUCUUUAGUCGUUUCCACACAUUAUUGUAUCAAAAUAAAUUACAGGAAUGACCCUUACAUCCAUAUACAUCAUUAAGCUCUCUUUUAUUUUUUAGCACUCAAUAAAACAAAAAAUUAAACAUGA